AUGUACUCAUGGGAUGAGCAUGAUGAUACUACACCCCUCCAACCAUCAAGAAACGUCCCUCCUUCAAGACCUCUCGAACGUCCUAAUCGCCUACAGCCCACCGAUCAACCCACAACUAUCGAUAUAGGCGAGGCUGCUGGAACACUCGCCAACACUACCACUGAACCUACCAAAUCCAAGUUCAAGGAUGGAGACGAUCCUCCUGAUUCUUUCUUCGCUUGCAUGGGGGCUUUUAUGCUCGCAUUCAUCAUUACGUGGAUAUACAUUGCGGUUGUCCUCAAGCGUGACACGGAUGCGUUCAAGGAGAACAGCGGAGUCUUGAAGGAUUUGCAAGAUGGACAUCCAGACACGGAGCAGAUGGUAACGCCAGCGCCUGGGAAUUGGGAUGCGAGCAGAGUUACUAUCACUGCUUGGGAUCGUCAAACUGUAACCGUAGGAACGGUUACUGAGGUUGAUGUACACUGGUAUACGAUAACCCGAUGA